AUGUCGCAAGAGAUCAUCUCUGAAAUCCAAGAGUAUACAAUCUUGUACACUUAUAACAUUGUCCAAAAACUCAAAAAAUGGAACGAUGGGAAACUAAAGUACUUCAAAUUUAACAACAAAGUUCAAGUAUUCAAUGAGGAUUCAAUACUCAUAACUCAAGAAUUUUUACAAAAUGAUAGACAGUUACAAGAAUCAAAUUGGGGUAACGAAUUCAAAGUUGGUGGUGUUCUGAUAACGAUAGACAGUAUGGAUUCUGAAAGUAAAAGAGACCUGACAAAGAUGUUUAAAAAGGAUACAGUAACACCAAAGACAAAUAUCAUUUAUUCAAAAUCACAAAUACCCAGCGCUGGUGGUACAAGAACUCCAUUGAAAGAGUUGAAUGUGGAGAGGCAAAAUAGUCCGUCAUUGUUGGGAAUGAAGAGAAGAAGAGUUGGGCUAAGUAAAUCAAUGACACCAUCAAGAAGAAGGCAAAGCGGUACACCAGCACCAGCAAAAUCACAGGAUGAGUUGAGUUCAAGUAAUGAAAAGCCACCCAAACAUGACACUCAUAGAACGGCUAUACCAAGGAUAAAGGCAUCAAAAACUAAACCAUUCAUGCAAGUGCCAGAACCUGAUCAGUUGAAUCUUUUAAGCCCCAAAGAUCGUUCCCACAAUGUUAAAACACCUGUUGUUAAGAAAGUUAUCAGCAAAUCAAUAUCAAGACCAAUCAAACCAAACUCUAACACUUCAAGGUCACCUAAAUUAAAAGAGAAAUCUUUGGAUUUGGAAAUAUCAGAUCUUAAUUCCCCAUCAUUGAUUAGUUCAGAUGAAUUUCUUCUAUUAAGACCACCACCAAAUGCAACACCAAUCAAGAAUGAUCAAAUACGAUGGGAUGAUGAUUCCAUUACAAAAUCCAACGCUAAAAUCAAAGAUUCAUUGAAAUCAAUAAUAACACCUAGAUCAACACCAAGAAGGAUCACAAACAAUAGAAACAAAAGAGAAAUAAUACAGAUUUCUAAACCCAAAAUUCCAUUAAGUGAAUUAUCAAACAAAACAACACCAAUGUCCAAACACUCCAAAGUUGAUGUUUAUGCAAGUGAUGAAUCCGAAUAUGAUGAAAUCAAAUCUCAAUCUCAAUCUCAAGAUGGAGUAACAAUGGAUAAAAUCACUCAAACAGAGACAUACAAUUAUGGUCGAAAUAAAAAAGGUUAUAAAGUCUCGGAUAUAGACAAGCUGUAA